AUGCCGGAAAAACCAGAUCCUUUUAAAUCGUUCAUAGCCGGCGGAGUGGCUGGUGCUGUCGAGGGAGUUGUCACCUACCCGUUCGAGUUUGCCAAGACGCGGCUCCAACUCGUUGACAAGAGCUCCAAGAUGUCCAGAAACCCGCUGGUGUUGAUCUACACCGUGGCCAGAACACAGGGAAUAGGAGCUCUGUACGUUGGAUGUCCGGCGUUUGUGAUCGGAAACACAGCCAAGGCUUCUGUGCGGUUCUUGGGAUUCGACGCAAUCAAAAGACAGCUGGUCGACAAGGACGGAAAGUUGAGUGGACCUCGAGGCGUGAUUGCUGGACUCGGAGCCGGACUGCUGGAAAGUGUGGUUGCGGUGACCCCAGCAGAGGCCAUCAAGACGGCCAUGAUCGACGACAAACGUAGCGCGACCCCGAAAUACCAAUCCGGGUUUGCGACCGUCAGACUGGUGAAAGAUCUGGGAAUCAAGGGUCUUUACCAGGGUCUAUUGCCGGUUGCUUUGAGACAGGGAGCCAACUCUGCGGUCAGACUCGGAGCAUACAACAGCAUCAAAACUUUCUUGCAGCAGGCAACGGGAGCAAAGCCAAAUGAACCAUUAAGCAGUCAGUUGACGUUCUUGCUGGGAGCGUUUGCCGGAGUCGUCACAGUGUACACAACGAUGCCAAUCGACACGGUCAAGACACGGAUGCAGUCUCUUGGUUCGGACAAGCUGUACACGAGCACAGCCAACUGUUUUGUCAAGAUUUUCAAAGAGGAAGGACUGAUGACCUUCUGGAAGGGCGCCACGCCUCGUUUGGGACGGCUGAUUUUGAGCGGAGGAAUCGUCUUCACGAUUUACGAGAAAAUGCUUUUGAUAAUGAACUGA